UGGCAUUCUUCAUUAAUUAAGCAUCGACCAUUUCAGUAGUUGCAGAUGGCUGUAAUACGGCCCGAAGUCAGACCACAUGAGGUCAACGACGUUGAGCAAGUCGAGGUUCCCCAGUCGCAGAAGCCCCCGUGCCGGGCAGCAGCGGCUGUGAAAUCCAGAAACCAGGCUUCAAAGUUUUCGAGUCGAAACAAACUCUGGAGAACCCCCGGCUUUUGCCCGGGCACCGUUGUUGCUGUUCUUGCGAGCCUCUGUGUCAUCAUCUCGAUCGCAACACCAUGGCCUGCAAAGAAAUUGCAAGAUCCCAAUCAAGCAUUUGCUUCGAUUGGUCAGCGGAUAGAGUUUACCAGAAGGGACUCGGAGUAUGCCAUAUAUAGGUGUCCUUCACAAAAGAGCUGCCUGGCCAUGGAAUGCCUCUAGCUGUCAGUUUGUGGCGGCGCGGCGGAGUCGUGACUGCAUGCGGUCCUGCUUCUUACUGCUGUGGCACACGGCUUCAGCCAAUUGCAGCGCUAUCCAUUGUUGCCUAAUGCUGCUUCAGAUUCCAGCAUUGGGUUCUGCAUUGACAGUCGGUUAUUAAGCAUUCUCACACCGAC